AUUGGCUUGACGGUUCAGAGAAGGUGGUCAGGGAUAAGAUGGCGGAGAAUAAGGCAGAAAAGACGUCUUCCACAAGAGGCAGCACUGUGAAACUCUACCCCUUGGCUAAUCCCAAAGGCACCUACAUCUACUGUGAUGUGUGUGGCUUACCUGCCUGGAUGAGAUGCAAGGGCUGUAAAAUAGCUGCUUAUUGUAAUCGAGAACAUCAACAAUUGGACUGGGUCGGAAUUCACAGGUAUCUCUGCAAGAGCCUCAUCUACCUCUAUAAUCCGCCAACAAGAAGCAUCAGGAAGCUGCAACAACAAGCACUUGAACGGAGCAUCUUCAACACUAAACUCGAUCUGAUAAACAUGUGUCUCUUGCAUGGACACCGACAUCUGUUUGAAGGCAAUUACAAGCUUAUUAUUCCACCGGCCCUUCAAUGUCUACGUCUCUACAAAAUGUUAUACAAGGCCGAAGGCGUAGAGUGGCUCCCGGCUUAUUUACUUCUCGCCGAAUGUUUGCUCGGCUUGGGUAAGACAAACGAGGCGGCAAACUAUUUGUCUCUGAUUAAUUGGUUUGAAACAAAGAACAAGGUGACUGGCAUCAAAUGUAACCACAUGGUGAAGAGGACGAUGGCCAAGCUGUCUAUGGUCAGAGAAAACUACCUACAAGCCCUGGAUGAACUAGCUGAAGAUAUAUAUUUGGCAUCAGAGAAAUAUGGAACUCUCGAUAUUCAGACUUCUGGAGGAUAUUUCAACAUGGCCAACGUCUAUUUCUUCUUGGGACGAGAAGAAGUGACAAAUUCUUUAUACAAAAAGGUCAUUGAUAUUUGGUGUAACCAUUUGCAAAGUUUGGUCAACCAGAAGAUGAAGACCAGCACUCCGGACAUAGCGUUGCCAAUAAAAGAAGAAGAAUAUGAAGCAUUAAAUGAAGCUGACUCAGCAGAGGCCACAAUGUACUUUGAAAGCAUUGGAGGUUGGUGGGAGAGCACAGGCGAGGGCCAGUCCUAUUACAGUGGGAAACUGGCCUAUUGCAAAUCGAUGCAUCUGUUUGUCCUCUCAAAGUUGAGGGAAGCCUAUGCCAGUGCUAAGAAAACAGCGAUGUUCCUGAAAUCUAUCCCAGACUGUGAAGCUCUGCUGGUUCGAGCCGAAGAUUUGGUAGAAUCCUGCGAAAAAAAGGUUUAUUUCUAACCUGGUAAUGUCUAACGAAAUACGAAAAUAAUAAAUAUAUUUCCAAACACAAACAUCCAGAC